UUUGGUUCCCAGAUCUUUAUCAACACACAGACGGAACAGCAGCCGGAGCUGCGGCCCAGUGCCAAAACAGUGUGUACACACAGAACAUCGCACUGGAUUUUUCAAAAUUCACACAUCGGUCCUCCUGAUUUAAACCGAAUGGUCUUAAAUCUCUUCGAGUGAGUUUGUCUAACUAGUCGGAGGGGAUGGCAGAAGGAGGUUUUGACCCUUGUGAGUGCAUUUGCUCUCAUGAACAUGCUAUGAGGAGGCUCAUCAACCUGCUGAGGCAGUCCCAGUCCUAUUGUACAGACACAGAGUGCCUUCAGGAGAUACCAGGCCUAAGCUCCUCAGUUGAAGGGGACAUCACUCUGCCUAUGAUUAUUAUGGGGUGGCUGGUUCUGGCUGUUGUGCUUUUCCUGUUGCGCCCAGCCAGUUUAAGGGGCUCUACAGCCAGUGGCAAGCCUACUGGUCCCCAUGGUAAUCAUGGCAGAGAGCCACCAGCACCACCAGUGGACUAAAAUUUUGCCUAUUGCAGAGGAUGAAUUUUGACCCUGGUUCCCCCGAUCAACUACUGUGACCACAACAAUUUGUCAAUUUCCAUAAUAAUCUUUACAUAUCUCAGAUUUGGGAUUCUUUUGUCUAAUAAUGGUAGGCUUGUCUAUGCAGUCACUUAAUAAGGAUAGAAGGUGUGUUUCUACAAUAUAUUUUAAAAGAAACAAACAAAUUGGUCCAAGCGGUAAAAAUGCUCAAAUAAUAUAGUCUGUUACAAAUCUCAGUCUUACUAUUUCUUACUACAUUUUGAGAGAUUUAUUAGGGAUUUAGCAAAUUGAUAGUGUAAUACAUAAGCCUAUGAGACUUAUCCCUAUAAUAUACUAUAUCUAAUUCUGAAUAAAAAGCAUUAUCUAGAAUAGUUUAAAUAACACCAGGUGAUUUAUUGAAGAACUAGUUGAAGAGAUUCAGAAAGGAUGGUGUUUCUCGUCUUGAAGCUUACACAUUCCAAAGCUAUGACCUCAAAGACACAUGACGUCACUGGUCUGUUUAGGAGUACAAGCCUUGCAUUGGGUAAUUUUAAAAACAUAUUUAGUUAAAAUGAUUCACACAUUUGAGAGUGACUGUAUCCAAGAAGAAUCCACAUAAAUUACGUACAAGAGAAAUAGGGUGUAUUACACAUUGACUUGGCUGUGUUCUCUGUCGUCACAGUUAUGAAUGUUGUCCUUGUCUGGGUUUUGUUACUCAUAGGCAGAGAGAGUUAAAGCUCUAUUACAGACACUUUACCACUUCUUUAUUAACCUUGUAUAUACAUCUUGUAUAUUUAUCUCAAGUAAAUAGCAACGGUUUAUAUUCAUUGAAAAGUGUCAUUCUGACCAGAGUUUUGGUGGGUUUUGGCUACAGGUGGUUCAUCAAAUGAUGGGGGAAUUCUGUUCAAUUUCAGUAAAGAAAAUAUAUAUUUUUGUUUCCCCAGACUUUCAAAAUAAGCUAAAGAAUGGGACUUUUUUAACAUAUUCUCAAAUGUAUCAACUGCACUUUACUAAAUUUGUGCUUUUAUCCUCAAACACAAUAAAGGUGAAAGAAUAUAAAUACAGUUCAAAUUCAAAUGUGGCGUAAUUUACUGAUAAACUGUCCCUGUAUCUACAGUUCUGUAGCAAAGUAGUAAGAGAACAGAAUGGUUAGAUUCAUUUCUGAAGUCAGGGCUUAGUGGAUUUCAGGGCAUUUAAUUGAGUCAAUGUACACUGUACUAAAUGAACGGCUCUGAGAAAGGGCUUGAACUAUGCACUUUUGGUUACUUCAAAUAAAUAUCAUUUAUAAAAAUAA